UAUCUUCUCGCGAGAUCUAGGUCAGGAUCCCUCCAGGUCCGCCUCCGUGGUGAGGAGGAGGAGGCGGUGGGUGGAGGAGGAGGCCCCGUCGCGGCCUCCGCCGCCGCCAACGGGGCUGUCCCUGUAGCUCCCGAUGGAGUUUGAGGUCGUGAAACCGCCGCCGAGCUCUGCCCCGGCGAGACGAGGCGCCUCUGUCGCCGAGCCGCGCCGUCGCGGGGCUCCCGGGAGCGGCCCUUAGCGACCCCGCCCGGGCCCCCUCAGCGUAGAAAACACUACACAGCAAAAUAAUGAUCUGCUAGACUGCUAACCGGAGCAUCCAGCUUCCACAAUGCCUGUGCAGGCAGCUCAGUGGACAGAAUUUCUGUCCUGUCCAAUCUGCUAUAAUGAAUUCGAUGAGAAUGUGCACAAACCCAUCAGUUUAGGUUGUUCACACACUGUUUGCAAGACUUGCUUGAAUAAACUUCACCGGAAAGCUUGUCCUUUUGACCAGACUGCCAUCAACACAGACAUUGAUGUGCUUCCUGUCAACUUCGCACUUCUCCAGUUAGUUGGAGCCCAGGUUCCAGACCAUCAGUCAAUCAAGUUAAGUAAUCUAGGUGAGAACAAACACUAUGAAGUUGCAAAGAAAUGUGUUGAAGAUUUGGCGCUCUACUUAAAACCACUAAGUGGAGGUAAAGGUGUAGCUAGUUUGAAUCAGAGUGCACUGAGCCGUCCAAUGCAAAGGAAACUGGUGACACUUGUAAAUUGUCAACUGGUAGAGGAAGAAGGUCGUGUAAGAGCCAUGCGAGCAGCCCGUUCACUUGGAGAAAGAACUGUAACGGAACUGAUAUUACAGCACCAGAACCCUCAGCAAUUGUCUGCCAACUUGUGGGCUGCUGUCAGGGCUCGAGGAUGCCAGUUUCUAGGGCCAGCUAUGCAAGAAGAGGCCUUGAAACUGGUGUUGCUGGCAUUAGAAGAUGGUUCUGCUCUCUCAAGGAAAGUUCUGGUACUUUUUGUUGUGCAAAGACUAGAACCAAGAUUUCCUCAGGCAUCGAAAACAAGUAUUGGUCAUGUUGUGCAAUUACUGUAUCGAGCUUCUUGUUUUAAGGUUACCAAAAGGGAUGAAGACUCUUCUCUGAUGCAGCUAAAGGAGGAGUUUCGGAGUUAUGAGGCAUUACGCAGAGAGCAUGAUGCCCAAAUUGUUCACAUCGCUAUGGAAGCAGGACUCCGUAUUUCACCCGAGCAGUGGUCCUCACUUCUUUAUGGUGACUUGGCACAUAAAUCACACAUGCAAUCUAUUAUUGAUAAGCUGCAGUCUCCAGAAUCAUUUGCAAAGAGUGUCCAGGAAUUGACCAUUGUUUUGCAACGAACUGGUGACCCAGCUAACUUAAAUAGACUGAGGCCUCAUUUAGAACUUCUUGCAAACAUAGACCCCAACCCAGAUGCUGUUUCACCAACUUGGGAGCAGCUAGAAAAUGCAAUGGUAGCUGUUAAAACAGUGGUUCAUGGGCUUGUGGACUUCAUACAGAAUUAUAGUAGAAAAGGCCAUGAGACCCCUCAGCCCCAGCCAAACAGCAAAUACAAAACUAGUAUGUGCCGAGAUCUAAGACAGCAAGGAGGGUGUCCACGAGGAACAAAUUGUACUUUUGCCCAUUCUCAGGAAGAGCUUGAAAAGUAUCGAUUAAGGAACAAAAAGAUCAAUGCAACUGUAAGAACAUUUCCUCUUCUAAAUAAAGUUGGUGUAAACAACACUGUCACAACCACAGCCGGAAAUGUCAUUUCUGUCAUAGGAAGUACUGAAACAACGGGGAAAAUUGUUCCAAGUACAAAUGGAAUUUCCAAUGCAGAAAACAGUGUUGCCCAGCUAAUCCCACGUAAUACUGACAGUGCAUUAAGAGCUCUGGAGACUGUGAAGAAAGUGGGGAAGGUUGGCACUAAUGGUCAGAAUGCUACUGGGCCUCCUUCAGAAUCUGUAACUGAAAAUAAAAUUGGUUCUCCACCCAAGACUCCUGUAAGUAAUGUAGCGGCUACCUCAGCUGGGCCUUCUAAUAUUGGAACAGAACUGAAUUCUGUGCCUCCAAAAUCCAGCCCAUUUAUAACUAGAGUACCAGUAUAUCCUCAGCAUUCUGAAAACAUUCAGUAUUUUCCAGAUCCAAGGACUCAGAUAUCCUUUGAAGUCCCACAGUACCCACAGACAGGAUACUACCCACCACCUCCAACAGUACCAGCUGGUGUGGCUCCCUGUGUUCCUCGCUUUGUGAGGCCCAAUAAUGUUCCAGAGUCUGCCCUCCCACCUGCUUCUAUGCCAUAUGCCGAUCAUUACAGUACAUUUUCCCCUCGAGAUCGAAUGAAUACUCCUUAUCAACCUCCUCCUCCGCAGCCAUAUGGACCAGUUCCUCCAGUACCUUCUGGAAUGUAUGCUCCUGUGUACGACAGCAGGCGCAUCUGGCGUCCACCUAUGUACCAACGAGAUGACAUUAUUAGAAGCAAUUCUUUACCUCCAAUGGAUGUGAUGCACUCGUCUGUCUAUCAGACAUCUUUACGAGAAAGAUAUAACUCUUUAGAUGGGUAUUAUUCAGUGGCUUGUCAGCAGCCAAGUGAACCAAGGACAACUGUGCCUCUACCAAGGGAACCCUGUGGUCAUUUGAAGACCAGUUGUGAGGAACAAAUGAGAAGAAAGCCAGAACAGUGGGCGCAGUACCACACUCAGAAGGCACCUCUUGUCUCUUCGACCCUUCCUGUGGCAACACAGUCUUCUACACCGCCUUCUCCUCUGUUCAGUGUCGACUUCCGCACUGAUCUGUCUGAGAGUAUGAGUGGGACAAAAUUUGAAGAAGAUCAUCUUUCCCAUUAUUCUCCCUGGUCUUGUGGCACCAUAGGCUCCUGUAUAAAUGUCAUCGAUUCAGAGCCCAGAGAUGUGAUUGCUAAUUCAAAUGCUGUGUUAAUGGACCUAGACAGUGGGGAUGUUAAGAGAAGAGUACAUUUAUUUGAAACUCAGAGAAGGACAAAAGAAGAAGACCCAAUAAUUCCUUUUAGUGAUGGACCUAUCAUCUCAAAAUGGGGUGCAAUUUCCAGAUCUUCCCGUACAGGUUACCAUACCACGGAUCCUGUCCAGGCCACUGCUUCCCAAGGAAGUGCGACUAAGCCCAUCAGCGUAUCAGAUUAUGUCCCUUAUGUCAGUGCUGUUGAUUCAAGGUGGAGUUCUUACGGUAAUGAGUCCACAUCAUCAGCACACUAUAUUGAACGGGACAGAUUCAUUGUUACUGAUUUAUCUUGUCAUAGAAAGCAUUCCAGUACUGGAGACCUUUUAAGCAUUGAACUUCAGCAGGCCAAGAGUAACUCGUUGCUCCUUCAGCGGGAGGCCAAUGCUCUGGCCAUGCAGCAGAAGUGGAGUUCCCUGGAUGAAGGCCGCCACCUUACCUUAAACCUUCUGAGCAAGGAGAUUGAAUUGAGAAAUGGAGAGAGUGAUUAUACAGAAGAUGCAACAGAUACUAAGCCUGAUAGGGAUAUUGAGUUAGAGCUUUCGGCACUUGAUACUGACGAACCAGAUGGACAGAGUGAACAAAUUGAAGAGAUCCUGGACAUACAGCUUGGUAUCAGUUCUCAGAAUGAUCAGUUGCUGAAUGGAACAGCAGUGGAAAAUGGGCAUCCAGUACAGCAGCACCAAAAGGAGCCACUGGAGCAGAAGAGACAGAGUUUAGGUGAAGACCAUGUGAUUCUGGAGGAGCAAAAAACAAUUCUGCCGGUAACUUCUUGCUUUAGCCAGCCACUCCCAGUGUCCAUUAGCAAUGCAAGUUGCCUCCCCAUCACCACAUCUGUCAGUGUUGGCAGCCUCAUUCUGAAAACUCACGUUAUGUCUGAAGAUAAAAAUGACUUUUUAAAACCUGUUGUUGCAAAUGGGAAGAUGGUUAACAGCUGAAAGGAGGUUCAUCUUUCAAAUUUGUGACCAUACCAUGGAAGCAUUUACACUAGCUUUUUAUAUAUAUAAUAUAUAUAUUAUAUAAUGUAUAUUUUUUUUAAAAAAAAGAUAUUACUGGGGGCAUCCAGUUCCUGUGGACUCUUUGAUACUUCAAGCCCUCUUGCAUUAGCAUUAUGAAAAAAAAAAAAGAAAAUUUACUAGGGUAACACGUUCACUUUCCAGAAGUGAUUGGAAUUUGGACAUUUAACUUAAGCUUCAAGCAGCUUUUUAUGAGUUUGUAGCAAUCUGGUGCAGUAACUGAGCCAUUUCCUAUUUUAAAUGGCUUCUGUAGAAAAUUAACAACUCAGUUAUUUAACUAGCAGGAUCCUACAAUGAUACAUCUAGUGAAAGUAGACUUAAUUAACUUAUUUAUUUCUAUUUUAUGUUUCACUAAGAGAAAUUUCCAUCUCAUUCCAGCUGCUUUAUUUAUCUUUUUCAUGGGACUUUGCAUGAUUUUUUUUUUAAUUUGAAGAGUGGAGUUAGAUGUUCUUACCAUAGAAUUUUGCAGGGUUAUAAACUAGCUUUCUUUACUGCAUUAUGUGUAGGAGUGUGGUGCAGUGCUUUUAUCUGUAGCAUUUAAAAUUUUUUUAGUUUUCCAUUUUUCAAGAAUAGUUUCUGCUUUGUUAAUAUUUACAUACAGGCUACUUGUUGAAAUAAUUAAAUAUAUAACCAAGUGCCUAAGUCUUUCAGCUGAUGUACUAGAUAUUAAAUUCUCCUAAGUUAUGCAGAAUCGUUUUUACAAUUUUGAUAAAUUAUGCACUAAUGUAAUGGCAGUUUUUUAAAAUGCAGAUUUAAGCCUGUGCAUUAUUGAAUCUGAUGACUUGGCAAAGAAUCAGGUGCUUUCAGCUUUCUUGAGAAAACCCUGUAUGUAGUGUUUGCACUGACUAACAAGAUGGUGUUGCUGGGUUUUUAAUUUAAACUAAUUACUUUGGGUGUUCAUUACAUUAUCUUGGUUAAAUAUUGUUUAUUGUUACUUCAUGUUGGGGUUUAAUUUUCCCUUUUUACUGACUGUUAGGUUGAUAAGACUAUGAACCAUGUAAUAAUAGAACAUUGGCUAACCUUUAUUCAUACUUAAAAACAUGAAUAAUUUCUGCCCUGCUAAAAUGUGACUGAAAAGUGUUUUGACUUGGCAUCUGAAAGUACGCAGUAUGUGCAACCAGGCAUGCCCCAGAUCUGUUGGAGGUAGUUUAGUGAAACCUAAAAUUUCAGUCAACAUUUGAAAACAAAAGCUGGGCAUUCCUUUCUAAUCUUACCUAUACUCUGUUUUGUUUUUCCUGUUUCUUUAAGAUUAGUUUGACUUUUAUUAUUAUUUUUUUAAUUAACUUCUGUGAAGUUGUUUACUCUGAAAAUUGUACUGGAACAUUUUAAGCCAAGCUGAUCUUUCACCAGGUGUACUGUAUGUAAGGGCUUUUCCUGCUAGCAAAAUGCUUAAACAGGAUCAUGUUAUUGGUCGUCUGAGCUAUUUAGUUGUUUUACAAAACCACAGCAUUGUAUCAGAUAAGAUUUUGAUAAAAAGUUUUGUGCACAUUUCCAGGGGCGGGAGGGUUAACAUUUCCCUGAAAUUUCUUGAUUAGAAUGAGUCAAUACUGGUGUUUGAUACCUGUCUUAAUGAACAUGCUCAUAAGGUGACUGAUAAGUUGUAAAUAUACCUGAGAAACAAAGGGGUAGUUUUGAUAUUCUGGUGUCAGUAUGGAAGAUCUUACACGUUUAUUUAAUACUCAAGUGUAUGAAGAUGUUUGUAACAUAACAGCACAGUAGCCUUGACUUAGUUUCCUUCGGUUAGUACUGUACCUUUUUGCCAUGGCCAGUGCUCCCUGUCCCUACAAAGACGUUUAUUUAUUUCACUCUGUAACCUGAAAUGAAUAGGAACAAGAGUUUUAAACCAUGUUGCGUUAACUUAUUCUGACAUUAUAAAUUAGCCUAGGAUAUUACAGGAACAUGAUUGUUAUAUAAUUUAUAUCAGAACCUUUCUAUAAAUACGUGCUUAUUACAUUUGAAAUGCUUCCAAUGUACUUUAUUUGCUGUUUGUAUUUCCAAAAAGGAUAUGCAAACCAUAAUGUCUAUUUCAUGGAUAUUUAAAUAGUGAGAUCUUCCAUGUUGAAGGUAAUGUAUUUUUUUUUAAGAUUUAAAAAUUGCUAUUUUGUUACAAAAUAGAGACCUAUUAACAGUUUGAGAGCUCCUUAUGUGCCCUCAGGGAAAGAACCCUCUGUGCAACAGAACUACGCAAAACAUCUUCAGCACGUUCUGAGGGUGAAUAUAUACUACAUAAAUUGAUCUUGUGUAUUUAACCAUAUCUUUUUAAUUUUAAAAUUGAGAUUUUGAAACGUGGUUGUGCUCUGCUGGAGGGGGUUGGGAUAAACUGCUUAGGUGUUUGCCUACUUGUCCAGUGAAAUUACAUUUGCAUCAGUGUAUGUAUAUACCUGCCAACCUUAUUGGUAUGUCUUGGAACAUUUAUAUUAAAAUAAUGCUUGUCUUGCAGCAGGUGAUCCCAUAAAACAGUAACUCCCUGUUCUUAAAACCUUAUUCUCAUUCUAACAACAUAGGAAUUUUUCUGUGUUGCAUCAAUCUGUAUUGCUUUCUUUAUGUAGUAGCCAUCUUCUGUUUUCUUGUGGUGGGUUUAGUGUGAAGUGAAGACAUUGGUUCUCUGCCACUUUAGAAGAAAGUUCAGUGCAUCUGAUCUUUCCUCAAGAUGGUAACUACUGAUGUCACAGAGGAAGAAAUACAACUCAGACAUAAAAUGUGACUUUAAAAUUGGGGUCAGUCCCUGUCCUUUGACCCUUUUACCAAUGUGUGAUGUACAUAUGUUUGAAAUCAAAGGGUAUAAAGCAGUAGGAAAGGGAAUUGGUGAUGUUGGUACUAAAUUGCAUUAUGUUGCCUAUGUUCUAAUUAGAAAAGGGUAGUCUGAGGUCUGGAAAAUGGGAAAUGGUGUUUUUUUUGUUGUUUUUUUGUUUUGUUGUUGGGUUUUUUUUCCACUUUUUAUGUUUCUGUUUUUCAAUUUCUAAGUCUUAUUCUGAAGUCCAUGUGCCUCAUUUAGAUACCAUGAAUAUAGCAUCAGUAGGUCUCUUUUGUGGUCUCAUUUCAUUUUGUAAAUUCUGAGAAAGUUACCUAUGUAUUUCAUCUAGUUGGUACCUGAACAAAGCAUCUAGCUGGUACCCCUUUGCUGCCAUGACUUACACUUUCAAUACCAUCUGAUAAACCAGUGUGAGGCGUGAAAGUUGUGCAUUGUAAUUUUUCCAGAGAAGGUACUUCACUGGACCAGUGGCACUGAUUUUUUUCCUAGUAGCUAUUUACUCUCACAAGGGAAUGAUAAAAGAAACCUCCUAUACUAGGACUGAAAAUUUCCAUUUGUGUGGAUCUAGUCACUUUCACUCAAAUUUCAAGUUAUUGCUAAGUACAGGGUGGGCAAAAGUAGGCUCACCAUUGAUCAUAGAAUUGAUGAACAAGUGUAAAUUCUACUUUUGCCCCACCCUGUUAUAUAAAGCACAUUCCAAUUUUAUAUGCAGCCUUGAGAAAAUUAUAGGAUGCACAGCAGUUCAUAGGAAUUUAAAAUGGGAUCAUUUAAACACUUGAAAACAUUGUUUUAAAAACCAUCUAGCUUGCUUUUGCAUUUUGGACAUUAAAGCCAUGGUUGUCCUGUUAACGGGUGGAAUUUGUGACCAUCAAAUUCAGCAUGUGAUUUCAACUUUGAGUCUGAAUAUUUCUUCCCUAGUUUCUUCCAAUCAUUUUCUGAGCAAACUGUCACCAGUAGUGGUAACUAAACAUUAAAGGGAAGAGUUACAUUGCAACUACGUAUUCAUUAACUGGAAGAACUUUUCUUGUGUUUUAGUGAAUGAAGAGUGUUGAUGGGAUCACUUACUGUAACAAUUCCUACAUGAGAACCCCUUCUGCAAGCAGAAAAAUUAAUAUGCUCAAGGAGUAUCCCAUUUUCUGGAUAAAUUGAAUAAAUUUGCUAGUUACUUCUUUAGCAGUUUCCUUGUAUCCCUUUGCUGGCAAGGGAAUACAAGGGGUCAAGGUCACUGAUCAGAAUACUCCACAUUUGAGUGGAGUCUUAUUUUUACUCCAAGAGCAGUUAUUCCCCCAAGUCUGAAAUUGGUGUGUUUUUUUUUUUAAUAAAAAUUUAAAAAUAUCCUCAAACCAGUGGAACACAGACACUGGCUACACUUAGUACUGCCAAAAGCCAAGGUCAUUUGCAUAUAUUCCAUCGAUCUGUCAAGAAUUAGGCCUCACUUUAUAACCCAAGGCAUGGAAGUGCAUGCAUUCUCUUAGCUGGGCAAACAAUUAUACUGUAGUUGUGAUACAACACAUGUGGCUUUUAUUCGUACUGCACAUAUCCACUGUACAGCCACUUGGGAGUAUCGUGGUUAGCUUGCAGCAACUGCUGUCUGCAUUUAUACUGUUUAUUGCAUAUUCUUUUCCCUGGAAGUGAAAGAGAAAUGUUUUUCUUGUUGCAUUGAUUACAUUUUAUAAAUUUGCUUAGCUGGAAAGUUUGGGAAAAGAGGCCUGUUUGUCAAUUGUACAACCGAUUGUGAAGCUCUAGUGUGAAUAUUUUUACGUCUGUAUUAGACAUUUUCUUUGCAAAUCUAUUGUUCGAUUGAAAUGUAAAUGAAAUUAAAGAUGGUGUACACCCAUCAUGUAAAAAGCAGGCACCAUCUCUAAGAUGGAUUUAAUGCUCAUUUUUAAGGCAUAUACUCAGCUUCUAUUUAAAACUAUAAUUUAAAAUAAUUCUGUACAAUGAAAUGGGGAAUAUAUAUGGGAAUAAAUUCUAUUCCAUUUAUUUCAAUUUGAAUUUCCAAAUUGUAAUGUUUCCCUUUGUGCUAUAGGAAUAGGAUUAACUGGGGGAAGGCUAGGACUUAUAAGGCCUGUAUAUGGGGGGAGGGCAGAGAUGGAACAAUGAGGGUUGUGAUGAUAGUGAAUAGCAAAGAGUGAAUUCUGUGUGUUUUUGCUGUAGGACUGAAGUGAAGAGAUAUUAGCUUUGGCUGUUCACAGAAUAGAGCAUCAUGAUUUUCAGUGUUUGAGAGAAAAUUGAUGGAAAAAGUUUGCAGUACUUGACAUGUAUUUGCAUGCACAAAAUAAAAUUAUUUGUCCACCUUAAAA